AUGUUUUCUUUAACAAAAACUUCACAUUUCGCCUUAAUGAUAACAUGGCUACUGCUAAAUGCAACUGGUAGCCCGGUCCCGACUCCAGUCUCCGAAGUCCCUCUGGAAGAAACGUCUGGAGACGAGCUAAAUGUGCCGACCUCUUGCACUUUCAGCGCGUCGACUAAUUGGGAGAGCAAGAUAAAGGUUCUCGUUCAUGAAGUCACGGAACUUCAAGGACAGAGGAUCAAAGAACACAAGUUUAAUGCUUCAAUAACGGACUCCCUUAAAUACUACACACUGUCCACACCAAAGGCAGGGUGUUUGAACAACCACCAAAGCAAGGAGACUUGUCAGAAGCUGUCCGAGGGCCUAACAGAAUACAUGGUGUUGCUCCAGCAUGCAGAGACAGAGUCCAACAGCUCAGAAAUCGUCCAUUCUAUCAUAAACCAUACCAAGGACUUGCUCCACCUCCUUCAACACAAGAGGAAGGAUUCCAAGGUCGUAGCGUUAAACAUGAAGGACCAAGACAAGCUGCUGAAGGAACUGUCCGCAGGCACAGAGUGGCAAAAGAAGAUAACAGAACUAGUAAUCCUGCGCGAUUUACGGGCAUUCUUGGCUGACACCAAGAGGACUCUGUGUAAGUUGGAGCGGCGCAACAAGAAGAUGACUUCUCUGGAACAGAUGUGACCUGGGUAGUAAUAGCGUAUUGGUGCCAUACAGAACUGUGAUUUUUUACCUCAAGUGUAUCUACAUUUCUGAAGACAUCCAUCUUUACUUAACACAUUGGUCUAUAUAUUGUUUUUGUUAUUUAUAGUGUAAACUGACUUCCAUUCACUGCAGUUGAAUCAUAUGUUAUAGUAGUUCAGAUUUGCACAAUACUUGAAUAAGGAAUGUAAAAGUUAUACAAGAAUAACUUAUUAUGGAAGCACAUAUUUAUUUAUGCAUAUUGUAUUGGUUAUAGAACAUUAUCUAAAACGUAUUUUGUUGCAAUACACGUCAAAAUGUAUUUAUUUCAAAUGCAGUUACUAAUGUACCAAAGUUACCUGUCUUUUAUAGAUUUUAUAUUUAAGUCAUAUUUAUACCCAAAGUGUGUUCA